AUGGCUGACAACGGAGCAGUGGUCGAGGUAGUUGAAGGCUGUCGGCUCCCUGUUCUUCGUAAAAAUCAAGAAAACGAGGACGAAUGGCCGUUGGCCGAAAUUCUAAGUGUGAAGGAGAUCCCAGGGAGAAAACUUUAUUAUGUUCAUUAUAUUGACUUCAACAAACGUCUGGACGAGUGGGUCACACCAGACAGACUGGACAUAAAGAAGCUCCAGUUCCCGAAGAAAGAAGCUAAAACACCAACAAAGAAUGGUCUUCCAGGUUCCCGUCCCAGCUCUCCAGAGAGAGAAGUGAGGAAGAGUCUAGAUCUCAACCUACAAACUGCCACAGCUCCUUCCAGAGGCAAAACCCUGCCUACACCGCGCUCGUCUUUGGACCCAUCUAAUAGUGUUUCUUCCAUACCGAAGAGGAAAGCAGAGACCGUUUCCUUGGCAACUCAAGCAUCUCCGGCCCCUUCCGUGCCUUCACUACCAGGUUCAGCUGAAGCCUCUCAGGCACCUGUUUACCCUAGUGUGAGGGAAACAACCACCUUUAACCCCAAAACUCGUGAUGACCAUGAUCAGCUCGCCUCUCUUACAACGAACGGCACAGCCCGUAGACUCAUUCCAUCACAGCCAGGAAGGAAGAGGAAGGCUAAUUGUGGGGGCACAGAUGAGGAUUCUCAGGACAGUUCUGAUGGCAUCCCAACUGCCCCCCGGAUGACUGGCAGCCUGGUGUCUGACCGCAGCCACGAUGACAUAGUCACCCGGAUGAAGAACAUAGAUUGUAUAGAACUGGGCCGUCACAGAUUGAAGCCCUGGUAUUUCUCACCAUACCCGCAGGAGCUCACCACGCUACCUAUCCUCUACCUCUGUGAAUUCUGCCUCAAGUACCUCAAAAGCCUCAAGUGUCUCCAAAGGCAUUUGACAAAAUGUCAUCUCCGGCAUCCCCCAGGCAAUGAGAUCUAUCGCAAAGGCACCAUUUCAUUCUUUGAGAUUGAUGGCAGGAAAAACAAAAAUUACUCCCAAAACCUGUGUUUACUGGCCAAAUGCUUCUUGGACCACAAAACCUUGUACUACGACACAGACCCUUUCCUUUUCUAUGUAAUGACAGAGUAUGACUCCAAAGGCUUCCACAUUGUGGGCUACUUUUCUAAGGAGAAAGAGUCAACAGAAGAUUACAAUGUAGCCUGCAUUCUUACCUUGCCACCCUACCAGCGGAGAGGGUAUGGCAAACUGCUCAUUGAGUUCAGUUAUGAACUGUCUAAGGUAGAAGGGAAGACGGGUACGCCAGAAAAGCCACUCUCUGACCUGGGUCUUUUGUCCUACCGCUCUUACUGGUCCCAAACCAUCUUGGAAAUUCUCAUGGACCUGAAGCCUGAUAACGGGGAGAGGCCGCAGAUUACUAUCAAUGAGAUCAGCGAAAUCACCAGUGUAAAGAAAGAGGAUGUUAUUUCUACACUUCAGUACCUCAACCUAAUCAACUACUACAAGGGUCAGUAUAUCUUGACUCUUUCAGAGGACAUUGUCGAGGGGCAUGAAAAAGCGAUGCAGAAGCGACACUUGCGCAUAGAUCCAAAAUGCCUUCACUUUACCCCCAAGGACUGGAGCAAGAGGGGCAAGUGGUAGCAAUCCAUCCUUGUGUGCUGAAACCCCUCCAUUUGAUGACAAACCUAAACUGAGCAUAUCAGAUGAGGCGUGCUGCUGAUUGUGGAGCCUGAAUACAGAAACCGUCUUAAGACUCCCUUUGUUGAAAGCGUAAAUAUUGAAAAGGAGUUGUCAUUUAACAUUUUUAUGCUUUCAUUGUUAAUAAUAAAAAAACAGAAUACAAAGAAAACGUUGGGGGGGAGUCCUCUGGUUAACAGUGGGACAGAUUUAGGUGAAAAUCCUUUUUUGUGGGAAAACCAGAUGAAAAAAGGCCCGCUCUUCAACUCCUUGAGUAAAUCAACA